AUGCAAUGGAUCAGCUUGAGCAGAGGGUAAAUGAAUUUUUUAUGAACGCAAAGAAAAACAAACCUGAAUGGAGGGAAGAACAAAUGACAUCAAUCAAAAAAGAUUAUUAUAAGGCUUUGGAAGAUGCAGAUGAGAAGGUGCAACUGGCUAAUCAAAUCUAUGAUUUGGUAGACCGUCACUUGAGAAAAUUGGACCAGGAACUCGCCAAAUUUAAAAUGGAACUUGAAGCAGAUAAUGCUGGGAUUACAGAAAUACUAGAGAGAAGGUCUCUGGAGCUGGAUACACCAUCACAGCCUGUGAAUAACCAUCAUGCCCAUUCUCACACUCCAGUAGAGAAAAGAAAACACAAUCCGUCUUCUCACCAUAGUACAACAGAUCAUGUUCCUGAAAAGAAGUUUAAAUCUGAAGCUCUUCUAUCUACCCUGACUUCAGAUGCUUCUAAAGAAAAUACACCAGGGUGUCGAAACAGUAAUUCAUCAUCCUCUUCAAACAAUGCAUACAAUACAAACUCUUCUCAACCAUUGGCAUCAUAUAACCUGGGCUCAUUAUCUUCAGGAUCUGGGGCCGGUGCAAUUACCAUGGCAGCAGCUCAAGCAGUGCAAGCUACGGCGCAGAUGAAGGAAGGAAGACGAACAUCCAGUCUAAAAGCCAGCUAUGAAGCAUUUAAGAACAAUGAUUUUCAGCUUGGAAGAGAAUUUUCAUUAUCCAGAGAUUCAACUGGAUAUUCGUCAUCAGCUCUGGCGUCUACAUUAACACAGACAUUAAGUUCAUCAACGACAGAUUCACGAAGUGGCAGAAAAAGCAAAAACAACAACAAAUCUUCAAGUCAGCAGUCUUCCUCAUCAUCAUCUUCUUCAUCUCUGUCAUCGUGUUCUUCUUCAUCUGCCCUGGCGCAAGAACUGUCUCAGCAAACAGCAGUAAUACCCGAGUCUGAUUCUAACAGCCAGGUUGACUGGACCUACGAUCCAAAUGAACCACGAUACUGCAUUUGUAAUCAGGUGUCCUAUGGUGAAAUGGUAGGCUGUGAUAACCAAGAUUGUCCCAUCGAGUGGUUCCACUAUGGAUGUGUUGGACUGACAGAAGCACCGAAAGGGAAGUGGUACUGUCCGCAGUGUACGGCUGCGAUGAAGAGAAGAGGCAGUAGGCAUAAAUAAGUUUCUUCAUCUGGGAAGCAAAUGACACCCUAAAGGUUUUGUAGAGGACUUGGAAGGGGGAGGAAUCCCCACCACACUUCCUUGCAACCACUUAAGGAGUAACAUAGCAGUCAUAAGAUCUCGAACUAUUGAUUUUGCGAGUUGUGUUUUAAUAUUGUAAGUAAAUUAUUUAUGCACAUUGUUGUGCUACAAAUGCUAUUCCAGUGAGCCUCGGAUUGUUCCAGUGGCUGACAUAUGCAGACAUUUGUACUAUCAAACCAUUUUCUCUAAGCAGUGGGCAUUCUACAACUAUUCAAUCUUCAAAAAAUUCCAGUGAGUCAAGAUUUUAAAUGUUAUGUUUUAUAUUCAACAGAUAUAUUCUGCUGCAUGUACUGUACUCAAGAGCUGUUAUGUAACACUAUGUAUAUAAAUGGUGCAGAAAGUCAGUGCUUCUGAAAACAAAUAAUGAGACAAUGGUUUUUAAAAUGCCUUUAUAGCUUUGGUUCUUUAUGAAACUUAAUUCAGCAGGCUGAAGAAAAUGGUUCUUGUAUACAGCGGGCUGUUGUCCUCUAGGGUACUUGAGUAUGUAAAAAACAAAACAAAACGAAAAAUGCUGUAGAAUAAAACAAACUUGUGCCAUUAGUCUUUAUAUGUUUCUGCUCCGGAGAAGGUGCAGGCCAUAAGAGGAAAAAAAGGUGUUAAAGUGAUGAUAAAUUUUUAUACCAAAUGUGUUUAUUUUUUUGUGCAAGUAAUCCUUUAAAUUUGAAUUGUAUUAGGUGUUAAAAUAAAACGACCUCAACUCCUCAAA